AUGAAACUACGUCCGGAGCUCGAAGACGAAAACACGAGAUACUAUAGCGGCGGCGCUCCUCCGCAACCGUUUCGAGUGCUACUACCCUCAAGCGACUCUUUACCCAUCGUCCGCACAGAACGUCUCUGUCUCCGCCCACUCACGCUCGGCGAUAUAGACACGAUUUUCAACAUCAGGCCGAAAGAGGCAAAUAGUUGGUACACGCCGUGGACAUCCGUUGACGAGGCGCGCGCCUGGUUCGACAGGAAGACCUUUUGCGAACCAGCGUCUGCGGCCGGCCUGACUUUUCAAUACGGGAUAAUCUUGGGCCCGGAUCCCAGCGGUGAAAUGAUUGGAACAAUAGGCAUGAAUCAGGUGCAUCCAAGGCCUAACAUUGGAUAUGGGCUCACGGAUGCGCACACGGGCAAAGGGUACAUGUCAGAGGCCUUGGGCGGGGUGCUGGGUGUGUGGUGGGGUCUCCCGAGGCGAGAAGGCGAGUCUGACGAGGAGGAGCAGAGCGAGGACUGGGAUGGCACGGAACGAGUAUUUGCGACUGCGAGUAAGGCGAACAGGGCGAGUGUGAAGGUGUUGGAGAAGAACGGCUUCGAGGUGUACUUUGAGCGCACAACAGGCAGCGGCGAUACGGUGUGCUGUGCGGCCGUUACAGCGCAGUUACCGGAUGAUUGA